AUGGAGGCCUUCCUCGCCGGCUUCCGGGCGCCGCCUCGAGCUUCCGCCGUACCCACCGCCCGGAGCCCGCCUCCCAGCCCCUUUUUUCUCGGCACACGGCGCAGGAAGCCCUCCUCCUCUGCCUCCGUGGUCUGCAUGGCGGAGCCACAUCUCAUAUCAAAGUUGGAUUCUACAGAGAGGGCAUGGAAAGAAAUGUCGAUUAGAUUGGGUGACCCUGACAUUGUCUCAGAUCCGAGCGAAUACCAAAAACUUGCACAGUCUGUUUCCGAUCUGGGAGAGGUUGUGACGGCAUAUAGGGAAUUUAAGGAAUGUGAACGGCAGAUUGAAGAAACAAAAGCUUUGCAAAAAGAGAAUGGUGAUGACCCUGAUAUGGCUGAGAUGAUAACUUCAGAGCUAGAGUCUCUCUCUGAUCAGCUUGCGGAGCUCGAGGAAAGACUGACGGUACUUCUGCUUCCAAGCGACCCUCUAAAUUCACGUAACAUCUUACUUGAAGUAAGAGCUGGCACUGGAGGUGAUGAAGCUGGAAUUUGGGCUGGUGACCUUGUACGCAUGUAUCAAAGAUAUUGUGAGCUCAACAAUUGGAAGUUUAAACCAGUUUCUUGCUCAGAAGCAGAAAAGGGUGGAUACAAGACAUUUGUGAUGGAGGUGAAGGGAAAGCAAGUCUACAGUAAACUGAAGUUUGAGUCAGGUGUGCACCGUGUUCAGCGUGUACCACAGACAGAGACUAUGGGUCGUGUUCACACGUCAACCGCAACUGUGGCUAUUAUGCCAGAGGCCGACGAAGUGGACGUGGUUAUCGAUCCAAAAGAUAUUGAACUUAAAGCUGCAAGAUCUGGUGGAGCUGGAGGGCAGAAUGUUAACAAGGUGGAGACGGCUAUUGAUCUUAUUCACAAGCCUACGGGAAUAAGGAUAUUCUGCACAGAAGAAAGGUCACAACUUCAAAACAAAGAACGCGCAUUCCAGUUAUUAAGAGCAAAACUAUAUGAGAUAAAGUUAAGGGAGCAACAAGAGUCCAUAAGAACCCAGAGGUUACUGCAGGUCGGUACUGGUGCUCGCUCGGACAAGAUACGGACGUACAAUUAUAAGGACAACAGAGUGACUGAUCAUCGGUUGAAGAUGAAUUUUGUAUUGUCUAGCUUCCUUUUAGGAGAUAUUGAGUCAGCUGUUCAGUCCUGCGCUGCAUUGGAGCAGAAGGAACUCUUGGAGGAAAUGGCCACUUCUUCUGCAGUGAAGGCAUGA